AUGGAGUCGAGAGAACGUUACGACGAGCUGUGUCGCCUGUGUGCAUCUUAUGAUGCGGUUAAAAUGGAUAUAUUUGGACAAGAAGGAAAAAAUCGUCAGCUUGUUGAUAAAAUACAAACUUGUCUACCAUUUAAGCAGACGUUUGAGAGUGGAGCUGCUGGAUCAGCCAUAAAGAGCCAACAUGGUGACGGUGGACGAGGAUCGCCUCGGGGAGCUCGAGACGUGGUGGAACGUGUGGAACGGGGGGCCGUGAACGAGUGUCGGUGUAAAGGAAGAGGAGGCGCGGCCGGUACGGGCGUUAUACUCGCUAGAUCGAGAGAGCGAGGUCGCCGGCUGCCUUCAGCUCGCGCUACUGCUCUUUCAUUCUACUUCCUAAAAUUCUGUUAA